AUGGCGACAUUCGCCGAUCAAUCGCUACCUGGCCGCCUCCUGCGCGCCAACUCCGCCGACGUUGCACUCGCCGCCGCCCGCCCCAGGCAGCCAUGCGCCGCGCCGCCGCGCGCGGCGCCUCUCCCCAGGCCAUCCAUCCACGGCCACGGCCACUCCGCGCGCGGCCAUUCGACCCAUUCGGCCUCGGCCACGCCGGCGCAGAUCUCCGAUCUCGCCUCAUGGACGCAGGAGGCCUCCGGCGCUAAGGCAGCCGUGCGGGAGGAAGCGGAUGGAUCCAGCCUCGUGGCGAGCGGCGCGAUUUCUGAGGGGGAUGAGAUUUUGGCGGUGCCGCGCGAGAUGUGGGUGACAGCGGAGGACGCGCGGAGGAGGUGGGGGCCGCGGCUGGAGGGGCUGGAGGCGUGGGCGCAGGUGGCGCUGCUGCUUGUGGCGGAGCGUGGGGAUGGCGGUUCGAGGUGGAGGGCGUACCUGGAGGGCCUGCCAGCCACGCCCAGGUCGCCGGUGUUCUGGGAAGGGGACAGGCUGGCGGGACUGGCGGGCACGCAGCUGAUGGCGUCGUGUGAGGGGUACAGGGAGUAUUUUUCGCAGCGCUUUGUGGAACUGGAGGCGGGUGUGUUCAAAAAGUACCCAGAGCUGUUCCCCUCAAACGUGUUCACCUUGGAGGCAUGGAAGUGGGCAGUGGGCACAGUGAGGGCACAGGUCCAUCCACCCCUUGAGGGUGAGUCCCUUGCACUCGUGCCAGUGGCCGACCUGGUUUGCCAUUCUCGUAAUCCCAACACUGAGUGGCGCCUUUCUUCAGGUGGUUUCCUGUCGCGUGGAGAAUCUCUAUCGUUGGUUGCUAUGCGGAACAUUAGCUCUGAAGAGGUGUUGUCGAUUGACUUUGGACCAGACAAACUGGACAGUCAGGUGGCCCUUGACUAUGGAGAGGUGGAUGUGGGGACAAUGAAGGGUGGCUACGUUUUAACCUUGACGCUCCCUGAGGACGAUCCUGCGUUUGACGACAAAAUAGACAUUCUGGAGCUUGCAGGGUUUGGCCAGUCUGCAACCUUCAAGCUGUGCCCCAAUGAACCUCUGUCCACUGACAUGCUGGCCUUCCUUCGACUAAUGUAUAUCUCAGGUGCUGAUUCUUUCCACCUUGAAGCUCUGUUUAGGAACGAGGCAUGGAACCAUGUUCUAGCUCCACUGAGCGAGGAAAAUGAAAGGACGAUCUGUGACACAAUGAUCGCUGGGUGCCGGGAUGCUUUGGGCCAGUACAAAACGAACCCUUCAAGUGACAGGGCCAUUCUGUCAAGGAGAGGAGCAGCCAUCGAAGAAGUCCUGGCAGCGCAGAUUCGUCUAGGGGAGCAAGAAGGUGUACGAGCAACACUCGAACAAUUUGAACAGAGGAAGUUUGAUCUGAGCAAACUGGAUUAUUAUGCUGAGCGGCGGCUGAGGGACCUGGGUCUUCUAGAUGAAGAGGGCAAGUCAACGUACGAUGGUUUCAUGGAGGAUGGGAUCGCUUGA